GAGAGACAGAUCUGCACAUUGAUUAGCUGUCCGUUCUGUGCACUCUACUGAUUCACAAUUUCUCUUAAAAAUAUAUCACAGUUAGUUGUAGCAAGUUGAAUAACUGGUGUGGAUGAGAGCAGAAGUUCUCUGAUUCUCCUGGUGCACUAGUCAAAGGAACUUUCGGAGAUCAACAUGAUGUCCUAUGUGAAGCAGCCUCAGUUCGGAUUAACGCUGCCGGCUCCGGGGAUGGAGCUGCUGCACACCGCCUCCUCCUUCUCCGCAACUCCGAGAAAGCAGCGUAGAGAGCGCACCACCUUUACCCGCACACAGCUGGACAUUUUAGAAGCACUGUUCACCAAGACGCGCUACCCAGACAUCUUCAUGAGGGAGGAGGUGGCCCUCAAAAUCAACCUGCCUGAGUCUAGAGUACAGGUCUGGUUUAAGAACCGACGCGCCAAGUGCCGUCAGCAGCAGCAACAGCAGUCUAGCGGCCAGCCCAAGCCCCGCCCUCCGAAGAAAAAGGCCACUCCUCCUCCUCCAGAGAUGCCCUCUGAUCCUUCUAACAUCUCAGUCGCACCACCCCCUCCUCCUCUCCCUCCUCCUCUUCCAACUCUAGGGUCCACCCCUGUGUCCAUUUGGAGCCCCACCUCUCUGUCGCCUCUCCCUGACCCCCUGUGUGGUUCAGGUACCGCUUGCAUGCAGCGUCCGUAUGCCAUGAGCUACGGCCCAGUGUCGGCCUCAUACGGUACAGGCUUUAGCUCCUCUCCGUAUUUCGACUGCGGCCCUUACCUCUCACCUGUUACUUCUCAGGGAGCUCUCUCGCCACUUGCCAUUCCCUCUGUAAGCACCUCGCUGAGCCAGUCGCCCUCGCUCGCCUCACAGGGCUACGGGGUCUCUGCCUCGCUUGGCUUUGACUGCCUCGACUACAAGGACCAACAGGCCUGGAAGCUUGGCUUCAGCACCGUCGACUGCCUCGAUCACAAGUUCCAGGUGUUGUAAAGUGCAGGGAAGUGAAAGGACGAGAAAUAGAAAUGGAGAAGGAGGACCGGGAACAUGAGGGAAGAGGACACAUUGUGAGAUUUUGUAUUCUAAGGAGUUUCCAGGACUGGUUUAAGAAGCCAUCCAUUUAAAAGAAAAAAAGAUGGCAGCUGCUUUUCAGUGAUUGUUUGUCAGUCUUAAACAAUCAUACUGAUUAAAAAACUUACCUCACACACAUUUACAGAUUUCUAACUUUAUCCAUGCGCACGAUCAGAGUGCUGAGUGUUAGCCGAGUCUCUGCCCAGAUGCGUUUCUGUCUUUCGACUCUCUUUCUAUUCGUUUAAUUUUUCUCUUUUAGGAGGCUAUCUAAAUGAUCUUGUUGUGCUUUUAGCUUGUUGAUAUUGAUCAGCUGAUAAAACAAGGAAAAAAAAAACUACUGUAAUUGUAUGUAGUUGUCAUUAAAACUGUUUUG